AUGUGUAACAUAUUCCAGGACAUUUUACAAUAUUUAGUAGCUUUGGGACAUUCGAUAGCAACCGCAUUUCUCUUAUCAAUUGUCGAUGUUUCUACUCCCACUGAUCGAAGAAGUUUUAAAUUGAAAAGAGUCACUCAAAUACGGAACGUCAUUCAUAUCUUAUCAUCAGAAUAUGUUUCUUUGAAACGCCAAUGUUUUGAUUACAAUUUAAUAAAAAGCUGUCACUCGUUGACAAUGACAAAAAAAUUAGAUUCGGGUAGUCAACAGAUAAUUUCCCAACAUUCUUCGUACAACCAGCGAGCGUUAAAGCAAGAAAGAAAAACUUUUUUUAUUCAUCGUGUAAUUCAAAUUUAUAGCAGAUAUAAAAGUGACAGUAAUCUGGUAGAAAUAAAGCUACUUGACAUAAUACCUGGAACCCUGUGCUAG